AACACUAUUCUAACUUCCUAUAAAACCCCUUCUUCCACCAGCAAAAGUAUCACAUUUCCUAUCAACCUUACUUCCAACAACAAUCAUGGGCAUAUCCACCGACAUUACACACAACAGCUUUGAGUUUGAAGACUCCGGAAAUUUUACGUUCCAGUGCAGCACAAGUUAUGAAGAUGAAAACUGUUCAUCUCCGGACUCGGUUUUUGAAUACACAUUUCCAACGGCUACUGUACAUGUUUGCUAUGGCUGUAAUGGAGUUGUGGAAGAUCAGUACGUCCUCCGUCUAAAUGACCAGUCCUGGCAUCCGACCUGUCUCCGGUGUUCCCAUUGUCAUACCAUACUGGACAACCACAAAACCUGUUACGUCAGAGGGGGAAACAUCUACUGCAGUAAAGAUGAAUUUUGCAUACCAUGCACCAAAUGCAACGUAGGGAUCCGAAGUGACGACUGGGUCAGGAAAGCACGCGACAACUGUUACCACUUGGCGUGUUUCAACUGUGACAUCUGCAACAGACAGCUCUCUACAGGGGAACAAUUUGCUCUACAUAACAACAGACUUCUCUGUAAGAUCCACUACCUACAAGUUUUACAAGGCAACAGAAUUGGCGAUGAGCGCCUUGGAAAACGUAAAUCCAAGAGACAGCGUACAGCUUUCACAGAUGAUCAGGUCCAUAUCUUUCAAUCCUACUUCGAUGUGGAACAGAACCCAGAGCCACAAGACUUGGAUACCAUCGCAGAACAAGCUGGAGUCGCAAGACGUGUGGCACAAGUUUGGUUCCAAAAUGCACGUGCAAGGUCCAAGAGAAAUAUUCAAAGUUCUAUGGGAUCUCCAGCAUCGAUUGUCUCGAAAGAAUCUAGUUCCCCAGAACACAGUUUUGACAGUUUAGAUGAGCUGACCUACAGCAAUUGAAACCAAGAUCUAAAUCAUACGAAUGAUACAACGUGCUAAAAAGUGAACACACAUUUUAUUUGUAAAUAACUGUUAUUUAUUUGUAUUUAUAUUGUUAUCGAUGAUGUAUCUUAUAUAAAAUGUAGAAAUA